UUUUUAAGUUUUGAUAUAUGCGGUUGAGUUGAGCAAUAUUCAAUUAUGAGUUGAUUGAGUUAAUUUUGAGAGGUUUAGUGUUUAAAACCUUCAACCGCAACGACCAGCAGCCUUCUACAGUUGUUCCCAACACAGAGACAACCCAAUCAAAAACCCUUUCCAUCCCCAGUCUUAGUAUCACUUUCCAGUUUCCAAUUCCCACUCUCCCAAACAAUAAAAUUUUCAAUUUUUUUGAUGAUCAUUAAUCAUAAUCGAUUUUCCUCUUCGAUAUUCCCCGUAAUUAUAUAUUCCCUUCUGAAUUUCCCCAGUACCAAUACAACAGAUGAUGAAUGCCCAUCAAAAUUGUUGUGAAUAUUGACAUCCAAAGGAAACUAUGCAAGAACAAAAGCAAGAACACCAAUAUGAUAUUGAUGGAUGAAAAGAGAUUUGUCUCAUGGGAGGAACGGAUUAUUUCGAAGGAAAAAGGUAAUCGUAAAGUUCAUUAUUACCUUAUUGAUUCAAUGGAGGAGUCUGUGCUGGCUGUUGAAGGCACUGAAAGGAGUAUUAGACAUAUGUUAUAUGUUGUUUCUGAAGAAUUUAUUAAUGAUUAUGCCUCCUUUACUAAUGUUAAUACUAUCACCAAAUGGCGGUCUCGAAGAGAAGUCAUAGAUUGGCUCUCUGAGGUAGUCUCGAAACAGCAAAAGUCGCGGUCUGAAUUAUCAGAUGAUGGUUUUGUGCAGCCUUUUCAGGUUUGCGUUCGUAAAUCGAACAGUCUUUUGAUAUCUCAUUCCCCUGUGAUGCUUCCCAGGAAGUUGAAGGCUGAAAAUUCCGAUAUUGUGUGGAACGGAAAAGGUUGGACUUGUUCCAAACAACUCAUGCAUUACCCAUCUUUGAACCGAGCAGGGUUAAUCAUAUCUGUGCAUUCCUUCGUGUUCAUCAUGUCUUCAGAAGGAAAUCGUUACCUUGGUUACUUAGAAGAUAUGUACGAGGAUAAUAAGACGCAAAAGAAAGUAAAAGUGCGGUGGUUCUAUCUUGAUGAGGAAAUUUUAAGUUUAGUGUCUGUGCUGGAUGCCCAUCCCCGGGAAGUAUUUAAAACACCUUAUGUCCAAGCGAUUAAUGCGGAAUGUAUCAAUGGACCUGCUAGCGUCUUAACUCCCCAACAUUACGAGCAAUGUUUGUCUAUUCUACCGCAUUCUAUCUUGUGCCGGGUACAUUUUUGCUUCAGACAGUUAAAAAAGACAGAGAUCAGACCUUUUACUGUGAGCAAACUGCUGGGUUAUCGUAAUCAAGCAGCUUUAUCUUGUAUAAAACAUCUUUUCUCUAAGAAGAAGACCAAGGAUCAUAAUUUUAGCGAGGGUCAGCAAGGAAACUCAGCUAUUGGGAAUGUUCAUAAAAAAGCUUAUAAAAGAAAGAGGCUUUAUGAAGACCAAAAGGGUGAUGUCAAAGUACGAGGUUGUAGUAAAAAGAUGUGUAGAGCUGAAACCAGUCCCGCUGUAUUGGGGAGUGAAAUGAUAAAAGCGGUGUCAUCGUACCGAAAGCUGAAGAUCACGUUUGCUGGGAGAACAGUGGAGCUUGGAACAAAUGUAGAAAGGCAUCAUGACGUUGAUGCGUCUACUUCAUUUAAGAUCGAUGAUGAGAUAGAGCUUCUUUGUCAAGAUAGUGGUGUCCGAGGUUGUUGGUUCAGAUGCACGGUUUUGGAGACCUCCCGGAAGAAUUUGAAAGUUCAAUAUUGUGAUCUGGAGGAUGCUGAUCAAUCCGGAAAUUUGCAGGAGUGGGUUACUUCAUCUAAAGUGGCAGCUCCGGAUAAAUUGGGCCUGAGAUGCUCUGGCCGUCUUACUACCCGUCCACGUCCACCUAAGGACUGUGGUGACUGCAUCCUUGAGGUGGGGGCAGCGGUGGAUGUUUGGUGGUGUGAUGGUUGGUGGGAAGGUGUCAUCAUCGCUACUAACGUUUGUGAACCUGAUCACCUACUUAUUUACUUUCCUGGAGAAAACAGGUAUUUGACAGUUGAAAAAUCGCAUGUACGGACUGCCAAAGAUUGGAUCAACAGUUCAUGGGUGAACGCAAAGACAAGGCCUGAUAUUCUCUCUUACAUCUCCGCAACUUCAAACUCUUGCUUGAAUAAUUGUGCUAUGCCAACUAUUUCAGAAGUUGCUGAAGCCGAAGAAGAUGGACUUGACGCACCUGUCAAAGCCACACACGAUUAGGUCCACAGUCGUACAAGUAUUGAGAACAUUAUGGCAUGUAGGAGGUAUCCAAUGAAACAUACAUUUUUGAGGUCGAAUUGGUGAGCAAGUAGUUAAAGAUCGUGUAGGCGGAAAUGUAGGAAACGUAGUUGGAAAUAACAAGCAACGGAACUCUGGAAAAACGCCUCAGAUGAAGCCUUUUUCUUGGGUGUAAAACUCGAAUGCAAGUAAAUUCUGUUUUGUACAUACACUCAGAGUCUCAUUGAUUUA